AUGGAGGCGACGGCAGCGAAGGACCCGCGUCACGUCGAUGAGCUCUCGCGCAUGCAGAGCAAGAACAGGAAGCUCGCGGCCGGUGCGCUCUCGGGUGUGAUCUCCGCGCUGGCGUUUCAGCCUCUAGAUGUCCUCCGCACUCACCAACAAGGCGCGUUCACGGCGUCGAUCUUCCAGCCGUUGAAAACAUCUCGAGCUUUGUAUUGCCCCUCACGGUCCGAGUCCGUCAAGACCUCGCGAGAGUCGGCUGAUCUGGUGACACGGCUGCGCUCAAUGUGGCGUGGCACGUCGCCAACGCUCGUGCGCGUCGCUGGCGGCGCAGGUCUCUACUUUGCAACGCUGGACUACUGUCUGCACGUGUUCCCGAGCUCUGCAGUCAAUACGUUUCUCGCUGGAGCUGCUGCCCGUACAUUUGCAGGCAGCGUCAUGUCGCCCUUUACGAUCGUGAAGGCGCGGAUGGAGUAUCUGCCACCAGGCGCCUGUGAAAGCAGCUGGCAGGUGGCACGUCACGUGCUCCACCAUGAAGGCGUACGUGGCCUCUAUCGUGGCAUGGUGCCAACGCUCAUUCGAGACGUACCGUUCUCUGGUCUCUAUGUGCUACUGUAUACGCGGCUGCGCGACUCGUGGACCAUCAGGUUUUCGCAGUGUCCGUCGUACGGCGUGCACUUUAGUAGCGGUGUGGUUGCGGGCGUGCUGGCCACGUCGAUCGUCCAUCCGGCCGAUGUUGUUAAGACACGUAUGCAGCUAGGCAUAACAAUGAUGGACGGAGAAGGAGGUAUUGCCUCGAUGCAGAACUCGCUCACGAUGCGUCAAACAGUGGCCAAGAUGUACCACCAUGAAGGCCCGCGUGGCUUUAUGAAGGGCAUUGUUCCGCGUGUGAUCAAACGCACCCUUUCCACUGCAGUAACAUGGACGAUCUACGAGCACUUGUCGCUGAGGUAG